UUCAUUUUGUUUCUACACGUCCCGCCAAAUAUCUGUCAGGUCGUAAAGCCAUCGCUCACGCUGGACGACGCAGUGUCGUGUCGACGUCAUGGCUUUCUUUGUCCGCAUGCGCACAGGCCCUGCAUCGAACUCAUCUCCGACUUGCACUGCGAAUGUUUCCAUCCCGGUGCUCUUGAAGUCCUUGAAAUCGGCUGCUAGAUUCUUCCAUGGUCGUGAAAAACUUCAGUGCGACAAUGUCUGGCAACGGUCACGGCGUUUCCUUCCCGUUCUGAUCGUUGAGUGGGUUGUUUUGCCUGAGAACAGCCCGAGGCCACUGGUUCUGAUACUGUGUUUAGCAAGUUUCGGCAAGAAGUCCUCACUGCGAGUGCACCAUCUUGCGGCACUCUUGCCCUACUAAUUGAAUCUGACUUCUGGGGCAUCGAAGUAGGAAUCCAGGUCGUGAUCUCGCCGCGAAAUGGAGGUGGCAAGUGCGGAAUGACAAAAAGAAAAAAGUGAGACAACCAAUAGCAAGCAGCGAAGAGAACGAUAUUAGAGACCAUAUUCCUUUCCACGUCGUCGAUGUCGGUGGUUUGAACCGCGUUGAGCAUUGACCACGUGCACGCGGGGAUGCACAUUAAGCAUGUGGAAUAGAUAUUUUUUGCAAAAGCGGGGACGACGUGUAUUGCGUGAGAGUUCAUCGGAAUUUCGAGGAUUUGAGCUCAUCGACCAAACGCCAGAUACUCCCUCCCAGUUUGUCGUAUUUUGUUUCGUCCCGAGAAUCGACAAAAUCAUGUAGGUCGACUGGGAGUACUUUUUCUUAUUUAGACUCUAGCUUCAGCUGCGCUUUGAGAAGAGGCUUUUGAGAAUCUAUGAUGGGAAAGCUUGGUUCAUACAGGUUGCCGGGGCAAAGAUGUGGUUGCGUAUUAGCUGCUCUUCGUGGAGAUUGAGUUGAGAUUCGGUGGAUUCCUCAGUUCGGCGAAAGCUUGUCCUGGAUUUGGAGCUUCGCAAGGGGUGUCUUACAGUAAUUUGCUUGGUGAUUCUGGAGGGGUUCAAAUCACGUCGAGGAUGGGUGCGAAACUCUGUGCUUCAAGAUGGAGUGACAGUGGGAGAAAGGGUGCCGCAUCUAUUUUUUAAACAUAUGAAUCUUAUUUUGGAUCAUAAUGGAGGCGUGUAUUGAAGGAUCAAGUAGAAGACAUUAUCGUGGAAGAAAAAUUGAAUAGAAUCUUUUUUUGUUAGGUGAAUGCAAUUUUUUCCCUUGCCGUCAGGAAGUUAAGAAAAAAAAAAUGGGGUGCAGAGAGUCCAAAAGCUGUAUAGAACCUUGUGUAGAAAAGUUAUUGGUUUGUCACAAACUUGUUCGAAGCUAUUCGACACCGCAUCCGGUCACACACGACGAGCAGAACCCAAAGUGUGAUAGCUAUCAUGUGGUAACCCUCACGUCCAGUACCUACGGUUCUUUACGGUUAGAUUCUUUGCCACGAACUGUAAACACUGGGAGUGUGAAUUCCGGCAGUGCGGAACCUCAAAAGGAUUCAAUUCAGAAACGUGUGGACGCUAUCAAUGUGUGGAGGAUCAAUGGGAGUAGUCUCGAAGAUGAGAAAGCAGCGCUGCAGAAGCUGCGGAGCUUGUUGGAAGAGUCGAGAUUGUCUGGAUAUGAUUAUCAGAAGAAUGCAUCGCGCACUUCCGACAAAAUUCAUACCAUUGAAGACGUGGAUAUCUUUUUGAACAGGAGAAAAUCUUAUUCGAUGGACUAUCGUUUGGGUAGGGGUGCUUCAAUUGAAGAAUUGGUCCCUCGUAGAUCACAAGACUCCAGCCUAGUUUCUAGAAACGUGAGUAGAUCGCAAUCUGCCAUGCUGCAGAAGCGACGUGCUCGAGCAUUGCAGAGUGCCGGAGAAGUCAAGGGGUCAGACUCUUCGACAACAGAAAUUUCCCCUCGAAACCAGGAAACGAUUUCGAGGAGUCACCUUUCUGAAGGCAAAGAAUCUGAUUCAGCAGUAAGAAGCUCGGAUUUCGCUCCUCGAAGUCUGAACUUCGAUUCUAUUAGAAGGAUUAAUCUAACUCGGAGUCAGGAGAUUGAUUCUAGAAGGAGGAGGAAUCUCUCUCGGAGUCAGGAGUUCACAAGGUUUCCUCCGACGAAGCUGAAGGAAGAAGAUAUUUCCACCCGUCUUAGCCUUGACGAGAGAAGGCUCAUUUUAGCUGAACCCGACCAAGUGUUGAGAAGCCCAAUGUUGAAAGGCUCCAGUGGAUACCAGAGCCCGAGAGUCCGCCGCGGGCAACAGUUGUCUGUGUCAAAGCCUGAUGCUGUCGGUACUGAAAGCAAGAGCAAACCUCCGCUUCAUAGUCACAUCCAACCUAUUUAUGAGAAAACCACUCUGCCUGGAGGAGUUGUAGACUCAAAAAAGGUUAACAAUAACCUCGAUGCAGUUGACGUGAGUGGCCACAAUGACAAGCCGAAGAUUGGCAAAGCUUUAGAGCCGCGAAUUGCAUCAGCUGUGGGAACAUUUUCAAGACUGGGAGCACAAUCACCAUCAGUAACUCCCCGAAACAUGUCUGAAAGUAAUGCUAAGAUUUUUCAAGACCAUCUAUCCAAUUUGAAGAAGUUGAAUCAAGGUGUUCAAAAGGCUCCUGCAAAAGGAUCAGUCCCUGCAACAGCUUUUGCAACCCAAGACACACAUUCUUAAGGCUUUGAUCUUGCCACGAAAGCGCAUGCAGCUAAGGUGGAAUCCCUGAGACCUCAACACUUAAACCAGAAUCGGUAGCUUCAUUCGAGGAAGAUAUUGAAUGAUUAUGGGCACAGGACCGGUGUACUAUUCGACUUGGUUCUAGUAAUGCAGAUGUGACUUAUGGAGUCUUUUGAGGCCUUGACUGUGCGUCCCUGGCUUCUAUAGACGAACGAUUAGAUGAGACUGCGGCUAAAUCUAUAUUGAAUAGGUAUUAAAAAACCCAUGUACAAAACCCCCACUCUCAUUUGAGGAUACCUCAAGCUAAUUCUAUGUUAGAAAGUGGAAUCUAUGAUAAUUUUUAGAACAGAGCAGACAUGUAAACAUACCUUGCAAACAUGUGAGAAGGUUCUUCCAGGUGGGGUAGCGAUGAGCACACUACAACGCAAGCUCUCCCAGCACACACAAAGCUGUAAAGGAUUGGAGCCAUGUGAAGACGAUUCAAAGAAGCUCAGGUAUUCAGAUCGUCCGAAAGGGAUGUUGCAAUUCAUGCAGAUUUUCAUCAAGAAAUAACAGCCCUUGCAGAAAGGACGAAACAUCUCAAAGGGAGGCACAUUGGAGCCGAGGACGAGGUUUAUCAAUCGCAUGACAUCGACCUUGCUGCUUGAAGGUGCACCCAAGCAAGGCUCCCCGGCUGCUGUGGCUGUGGUGGAGUGAAGGUUACCCCCAUUUUCAACUAAAAGCGGGAGUUAUAAGGUGGUCAUCGAGAAAGGUGGCGUCACUGUCCUUCAAGGGUGCAACGAGAAUGGACCGAGCAGUUGCCCUAUUUGCCUCUGGCAUUGUACUUGAAGAAAUAUAUGGUCGCUUACGGAGACCAAUGUAUCAUUUGAAACUUGUAAAAGAGUGAUUUGCCAGGUGAACAACCUCCGCGGAUUCAUUCCGUUGGGAUUGCAUGCAUGCAGACAAGCAGGCGCUCACGUGCUUGCGAACACAAGCGAGAGGCUGAUCCCUCUCAUACGUUUUGUUUUUUUCGAAUACAUUGGGAAUUGGAGUCUAUUUCAUCGGCGGAUGCGAACUUUGCUCUGGAGAGGAUACCCUGUCUUCAAGGUUGCAGACAACUACAAAUGGAAAUGUACUUUUGUGAACAGUGAUGGUGGUCAUGUAGAAAACUACAAAAUCUCAGAAAAAAAAGUGACAAUGGAGAUGAAGGGCUCGUAUGGACUGGGGAAGUAUGUUGCCUUUGUGGUUGUGGCUCUGUCAUGGACGGAUCUGGUUACAAUUACUGAUGGAUUCACCAGUGCCGAGUAUGCCAGUCGAUUGGAAAAAUCUCUACAAUUCUAUGACAUUCAACGCGCAGGGAAGCUGCCGUCCUGGCAACAACUCAAGUGGAGAGGAGACUCUGCGCUUGAAGAUGGCAGCGCCGAGAAGAUUCAACCACCGUCGUCUCUGAUAUCCUUUGUUGACGAUAACUUCGUGCAUGUUGAUCUAAGUGGUGGAUAUUAUGAUGCCGGUGAUAAUGUGGAAUUCGGGUUCCCGCUGGCUUACACCAUCGGCCUUCUUGCGUGGAAUGUGGUGGAGUUCGGCAGCAAUUUGCAGAGAGCAGGGCAGCGGCAGAACAUAUUAAACAACAUACGCUGGGGGACAGACUAUCUCCUGAAGGCCUAUACUAGCUCCGAGGUGCUCUGGGUCCAGGUUGGAGACCCUAACAGCGAUCAUCAAUGUUGGGAAAGACCAGAGGACAUAGACACUCCUCGGACUGCUUACAAGGUUGAUUCCAGUCACCCAGGAUCUGACGUAGCGGCCGAGACUGCUGCAGCAUUUGCGGCAGCUUCUGUGGCUUUCCGUCGUGUUGACUACGCGUACUCAACCACUUUUACUCAGCUUUGUUGGCAGAUUUUCAACUUUGCCGACAAGUACCGUGGCAAAUACAGUGAUAGUCUCGCUGGAGUUGUAUGCCCCUAUUACCGUUCCUACUCUGGAUACCAGGAUGAGCUGGUGUGGGGAGCUGCGUGGUUGUACAAGGCAAGUGGAAACAAGAGCUACCUCGACUUCCUCAUCACGAAUGCAAAUACUCUAGGGUACGCAGGCGCUCAAGUACUCGUUACUCAGGCAGUGCUGUCUGGAACUCAAGGCCUCCAGAGCUACAAAGACCGCGCCGAUGGCUAUAUAUGUGCAGUAUUGCCUUCUUCGAUCAGUCAGAGCUCCCAGACGUCUUACACUCCAGGGGGGCUACUGUUUCACAGCGGCCAGAGCAACAUGCAGUAUGUGACAACAGCCGCUUUCUUGCUCACAGCCUACUCCAAAUACUUAUCGGCUGCAAAAUCAACAGUGAAUUGCCAAGGUGCUCUUGUCACGCCCGCUCAACUGUCGUCAACAGCCAAAAAACAGGUGGAUUAUAUCCUUGGCAGCAACCCCAAAGGCCAAUCCUACAUGGUUGGGUUCGGCAAAACUUAUCCGACACGAGUACACCAUCGCGCUGCAUCCUUGCCAUCUGUGGGUUCUCAUCCCCAGAAGAUUCAAUGUUCGGAAGGUUUCAACUACUACAACUCCAACAACCCCAAUCCUAACGUGUGCACUGGCGCGAUUGUUGGUGGCCCAGAUCAGAGCGACAACUUCGACGAUGACAGAACCAACUUCGCCCAGACUGAGCCGACAACUUACAUCAACGCCCCGAUCAUUGGAGUUUUGGCGGUUCUUACCACUGCCAAUUCCACUCCUGUGACUGACAUCACUUGCGACUGGAGUCAGUGGUACAUGUCAGGCUUCGUCACGGACGUUGUUCCUAGUUUUUAAGCAGCCAGCAAUCAAAGUAAGAUUAGAAGGUUGUUUUUUUGUUUUUAUUUUUAUUUUUUAACUAGUGAUUCAACCUAAUGUAGUGCACAUUGUUUUCUUAGUCUGACAAGUCCUGUUCGACGUGGUCAGUCCAUGUAGUCGGCCGCUGAACAAGUAAAUCUUAAUCCUAUCCUCCUGGAUAUUUAGAUUGCAACAACUUAUUAUUCAAUACUUUUCGACAACUCUGGAGCCUUUGAGUUCAAUUUCUGUAACCAUUCGGCUUCCAACCUUAAAAGUAUUCUUGCUGACCUGCUUUGGAAUGCAUCCAA